AUGGUUUGUAUGUGUUUUGUUUGUGGUGGACCGGCAUCAACGUGCCUUCACAUUAACGUUAUAACAAAAGUAGCAGCUGCUGAUACAAAAAAAGAAAGUUUCACGAAGGAUAAUGAAAUUUUUUCAAAUAAUCAACAACCAAAUAAGGAGACUGAAUCCGAAUCCGAAUCCGAAUCUUCCGAUUCUGAACGAAGAAACGAACAAGUAUCCCUUUAUGACCAAUUAGACGAAUACGAAAAAGCUUCUAUGUUAUUAGAGCAUGUAAGCUUUGAUGUUGAUUGUGAUCAUGAGCUUGAUGUCUCGUCUGAGUAUUCUGAAGCUCACAAAGAUCAUCUUAAAUCAAUUCGCGUCCUUUGUCCAGCUAAAUGGACUUAUCGCGGUCUCAGCAGUUGUGAAUUCGACGGAAUCCCUCCCUAUAGCAACACAUUCACAACAGAGGUCCUUAAUUUCGAUGAACCAGUACCACGUGUCCUAACCCAUUCAGUAAUUGUCGAUUUUGAAUCUUGGGCUGAAUGUGUAUUCAACAAUCCUUUGAGCGACUACGCUGAUGGCUUUGGACUUUUAGUGCAUCAAAAUUGUUUUAUAAUGUUGGAUCAAUACUUGUCUGCUUGGUGUAGGGCAAAUUUCCCUGAAGAUGAUAAACCAAUCAAAGACGAAAGAGAAGGAAAAUAUAGAGUCAACUAUGUUGAAGUUUUUCGCCGACUCGCUCGUGAAAUUAUCGACAAUAAUUAUCGUUUCAAUGUGCUCAAUCACGAAACGAUGAACUACCAUUUCAAGACAGACGGGAAAUUUGAAUGCAAUGAAUCUGAAGCAUGGAAAAUAAGUAAUCCCAUCUAUAUCCCUGACCACAAAGAAUUAAACGAAAGUAGUCUCGUCUUGUCACAACUGACAGGAUCAUUUUUCUCUAGAAAUUUAGGCGAAUUUGAAAGAAUUCCCAACGAGGUUCUUGGAUUGUUAGCCGAAAUCCUUGUCUGGACGGGUGAAACGUUCGAUGCACGUGAUUUACGCGCUUUCAUUUCGACAAACAAAGUAAUUUACAAUAUUAUUGCUGGGAAUAUGGGAUACGUAUGGCAAAAAGCGACGAUGGAAACUUUUAAUAUUCCCGAAAAAUGCUUGCCGCCGCGACAAAAAUCCAGCGAGAAUUCGGCUGAUGAGAGUCAUGUUCCGUUUCUCGAUUAUAGGUUUUAUCUUGCCUGUGCAAAGUCGCCCGAUAUGAAAAAUCGCGCUAGAAUUUUCAAAAAUUGUGUUUCCGUAAAGAAUUUCCUUUUCCCUGAAGAAGACUGCGACAAAGAUGAUGAAAAGUAA